AUGUUUGAUCUCCCUCCUGCUAGUAAUCAAAAUGGAUUACAAGUAUCAAAAGGAAGUGUUUUCAUAAACACUGUCUACAAAGCCUGGCUCUGUUCCCAGUAUUUUGAAGUCACACAGUCUCAUUGCAACCACACAAUUCCUUGCAAGCAAUACUGUUUGGAGGUUCAGACAAGGUGUCCAUUUAUAUUACCAGACAAUGAUGAUGUCAUCUAUGGAGGAUUAUCCAGUUUCAUCUGUACAGGGCUCUAUGACAAUUAUCCAACCAAUGCAGAACCAGAAUGCUGUGAUGUCAGAUGGGGACUCUUAUCCGAUAACCAAUCCAAAGGGACUAUAAAAACAAGUGACUCAAUGAUGUGUCACCGGACAUCACUCACAGUUUCAUCAGCAUCAAGACUGUGUAACAGCAGACUUAAACUGUGUGUUCUUGUAUUAAUUCUCUUACAUACAGUACUCACUGUCUCAGCAGCACAGAACUCAACAGAACUGGGCUUUGGAGGCAUCACAAAUUUGGAAGAUAAUUCAACCAGUGAGGAAUAAGAGACCUGAUCCAUCUCCUCCCACAGGCACACAGCAGGCCCAUGCAUACUGCAGUCAGACCCAAACGAUGGGACCUUUUUGCCCUCUGUCCACUCCUCCAAAGGCCUUCUGAGUAAAAUUCAAUAGAUGGGCCACGAUCCAAACAAGGACACAUCCUAUCCAGCUUUUUAUUGACUAAAAGGCUGUCUGGUGACUUAAAUUUCUCACACCAUUUUAUACACUGUGUUUUAAUGUUUGGAGUUUCUUUUUUUGGUUUGUUUUGCACUUGUUAAUACAGGAUUUUAUUUUUCAGACAGUUUCUCAGAGCUAAACUAAGUCUUUUCACUGUCUUAUCUAUUUCUAGUCAUUGUGUGUGUUCAUCAAAUAGUUCUGUCUUUUAUGUCUUGUCAGUUUCUAUUAGAAGAAAGAACUGCUGUGGUUCCAUGGCAAAAGAUUUUUUUUAAAAAAAUAAUGAAAACCAGCCCCCCCUCCCAGCCCUCCUCUCCACAAAACCAGUUCUCUUUUUCCCAUUAUAUUUUCCCCCUGCUUCAGUGCCCCAGAGCAAACCAUUCCUGCUUGCUUUCCUUCGGUGUAAUCACAAUGAAUGGGUGCGCGGUCCAACGCACCUCUGCCACUGUUACACAAGUCAUCUGGCUGGAGAAACCCAAAGUAAGGGGGGGGGGAGAGAGCACAAUAAACGGGUGCUCUCCUUGAAAGUGGGAUCUGACAAUGAAACUUUAAUAUAAAGAACUCUAUAACAAACUGUUGCUCCAAGACCCAUUUUCAAAAAAGUCUAGUCCUUUCUCACUGGUCAGUUGAACAGGAGCAGCCUGAUUUAGAGCACCGUGUGUAAAACCAAGCUAAGAGCUGAGCAAGGUGACUAGAGGGGAGGCCUUCACAGUGGUAGUAAAAGUUUGGCAUUCAUUGUGAAUUACGAUUUUCAUUCCUCUGUUGUCACC